CUGCUCCCUACCCAAAAGAAAGACAAAAAGCUUAACCCCUCCAUCUCAAAUCUCUCUCUUUCGCUUCCUUGGACUGUGGGAACUGAAAACAAAGAAGAAAGGCCAAAACCCAUCAUAAAGAAAUUGACUAAUCUUUUCCGUGUAAAAACACUGCUGUCUUCCUACCAUCUUUCAAUACUUUCUUCUGGGCAAGCCUCUAAAUUUCUCAUCUUUCCCCCUUCUCUCUCUCUCUCUGUAUCUUGUUUUACCGUUCUGGAUUUUUUUCCCAUUGAAGCAGAGAGAUCAAAGAUGCCAAGGCCAGGUCCUAGACCUUACGAGUGUGUAAGAAGAGCUUGGCAUAGCGGAAGACACCAACCCAUGAGAGGUUCCAUCAUUCAACAGAUUUUAAGGCUAGCUAUGGAAACUCAUAGCACGGCUACUAAAAAGAACAAGGAAUGGCAAGAUAAAAUAAUUACUGUCAUCGUCAAAACUGAGGAGAUUAUGUAUUCCAAAGCCAAUUCUGAGGGUGAAUACACGAACCCGGAAACCCUAUGGGACCGUGUUAAUGAUGCCAUCAACACGAUUAUCCGUCGAGAUGAGAGCACCGAAACAGGAGAGCUUUUGCCACCUUGUGUUGAAGCUGCCCUUCAUCUGGGGUGCUAUCCAGUGAGAGCUUCAAGGAGCCAACGACACUGUAAUCCUAGGACUUAUCUUACGCCAAGAGCACCCGAACCUGUCCCUGCAGCGCCUAGUAUUUUGGAUAAAAGCAGUGAGGAACGGUGUCAGUUAUCACUGGUUCAGUCUGGCAGUCAAUUUGCAAGAAUAGCAACCAAUGUGAAUUCAAAUGUUUCGGUUUCACAAACUAACCGCCAUGGUUAUCCAUUUCUGUCUGAGAAUUGUGCUUCUGGCCAUGACCAAUUGAUGAGGACAGAAACUAAUGCCCCAGCGAACUUGGGUCAAGUAUACCCCCUUUACUAUGGAGUUCACUAUCAAAAUGCAGAGUCCCAGACAGGUUCCCCGGUCCAGGAAAAUAUAGUGCCUGAUACGAUAAUUGUUGGGAGACCUAGUGGUACAUCUAUUUUAGAGCCAGCUGAAAUGGGUUCCUUGCAGAUUUUUUUGUCUUCUGAUGUCAAUGUUGGUAGUAGGAGAAUUGGACAACAAGACAUCGGGCGCUACCACGAGAAGUCAUUUGCAAAAGAAUGUGAUUUGUCCUUGCGGUUGGGUCUAUUUUCUGACCCUUGUAUGCAAGUAGGAAAGAAUUCAAUUUGUGAAGCCAAAGAUGCCAGUCCGAGCUGUGGGGGCAAACUUAAUGAUGCGUUUCAACAAACUAGUAAAGGGUUCCGUUUUUUCCCAGAGAGGACUGUUAAUGACCAUUUUGAUUCAUCUUCAAGAAAGUGCUUCAUGGAAAAUGAAGAUAACAAUUUUGGGGCAGCAGUGAGAAAACGUAAGGCAACAUUUGGAGGCAACUCAGAAGGUGAACACUUUUGCUGGCAACCAGGGCUGUCGACUAAUAACAGAAGACAUGGGCCAGGUUAGGUUGAGCCCUACUUUCUGGUGCAAUUUGCUGCUUGCCAUCACUGUCAGGUGAGGAAUUAUCCAUUAAAUUUUUUUUCACUUCUGUGAUGGAGAUAAGUCUUUGUUAAGUCACUUGUUUUAGGGACCAGGAUGGCGAAAAGCACCCGAGUCCGAGUGUUCUAAGAACCGGAGAUAGUUUGUGCGAAGGAAGGGGCACGGUUGGGAUCAAGGGUCACAUGCAUGUCUUUGUGGUGUGAUGAUAACAUUAACACUUCAGUAAUUAGAUGCUCUUCUUGUGUAACAUUCAGCCCAAUAGGUUUUUCAGGUUGUACAGAUGCAGACUAGAAGGAUUCUUUGGUUGCGGAGUUGUACUCGGAAUUUCGUAGAUAUAACUUUUAUGCAUUAGCCUCUGUGAUCAACAAAUGUAGCACAUUGUUACCUAUAUGAAUAACCAGUUUUGUUGAUAGACGAGUGCUUGCUUUGAGGAUUACUCCAUUAUGGGUUCUGAUUUUUUUGAACGAGGCAAAUGUUAGUGCUGAGCUUUCUUCAUCCAUGUUUAAAGAACCCUUUGAACCAUAAAUUAUAGUUGCU